UUGUCUCUCUCUCUCUCUAUUAUACGUUACCAAAACCAACGCGUUCCAUUUUCAGUGAUUUCCAGCCAUUAUAAUUUUUAUUUCUCAGAGUGAAGCACGUUUCACGCGUUCGAGGAAGAUUUAAUUGUUAAUUCUAAAGAUAUUAACUGAAAACUAAUAAAAAAGAAAAUGCCAAACUACAAAUUAACUUACUUCCCAGUUAAGGCUUUGGGAGAGCCCAUUCGAUUUGUAUUGAGUUAUGCUAAAAUCGAUUUUGAAGAUGAUCGUUUCGAUCGGGAAAAUUGGCCAAAACUGAAAGAUCAAAUGCCUUAUGGUCAAGUUCCCGUUCUUGAAGUUGACGGAAAGCAGAUGCAUCAAUCAAAUGCAAUUUGCCGUUAUUUUGCUAAACAAUGUGGUCUUGCUGGAAAAAAUGAUAUGGAAGCUUAUGAAAUUGAUGCCGCAGUUGAGACUAUUCAUGAUCUUCGUGCAAAAAUCGCUGCAUACAGCUAUGAAGCUCAUGAAGAAGCAAAAGAACAAAAAUUGAAAACAAUGAAGGAAACUGUGCCUUACAUAUUGAAGAGAAUGGAAGAACAAGUGAAGAAAAAUGGCGGUUAUUUCGUUGGUGGAUCUCUUUCAAUGGCUGAUUUGACAUUUGUCGCUAUUUUGGACUAUCUCAACUAUAUGGCCAAGUAUGAUAUUAUUGAGGACUAUGAGAAUUUGAAGAAAUUGAAGGAGAAGGUUCUUGCUGUUCCUCAAAUUAAAGAAUGGGUCGAGAAACGUCCCAAGACUGAUUUAUAAAAGUUUUUUUAUAUUUUUCACUUUUUAUUACUUUUAAAUAUGUUAAAACAAGUAUCAUAUUGUUUUUUUUAAAAAAAGAGACUGUAUUACUUUGUCGUUUAAUUCAUUCAAUGAAAAUUUUAAAGCCUUUAAUAAGAGAUUAUCAAAUGUUGUUAUCAUCGUAAAAAAAAGAUGUCUUGUAUUUUGCAUUUUAAUAAAUAUCAAUUUUAGUAUAA